AGUAUCAAACCUGAGUGUAAGGACCUACUACUGUUACUUUUGCUUUGUCAUAAAGUCUUCCUUCUACUUACCACAGAUGAAAGAGAUCUCAGUAGGAACUGCUUUGCAAAACUGCUUGUUUUGCUCAAGAAAGAAAAGGAAUUUUUAUGUCUUGAAGAUAGGGAUUUAUAUUUUGCAAACACUGGGAGCAAUUUUUCAGAUAUCACUGAAGGGAAAACUUUGACUCUGCAUGCAUACACAGAAGAAAUCUUUCCAUCUGCUUUUAAUUUCAUUAUGGCUGAAAUUAUAAAUCAGACACAUCGAAACGAGAGUCAGACAUGUGAAAACGAGAGUCCCACAGAGUUCCCAAAUAAGAUUUUUUUCUGUGCUUUUAUGGCUAUGGUGGUCUUGGUUACCAUUUUGGGAAAUGUACUUGUUAUUUUGGCUUUUGUUGUAGACAAGAGCCUGAGAACCCAUAAUAACUACUUCUUUCUUAAUCUUGCCAUCUGUGACUUUUUAGUAGGGGCUGUUAGCAUCCCUUUAUACAUUCCAUAUGCUCUGGGAACUGAAUGGCCAUUUGGAGAAAUAAUCUGCAAAUUCUGGCUCGUACUCGAUCACAUGCUGUGUUCAGCUUCAGUGUUUAACAUUGUCCUGAUCAGCUACGACCGUUUCCUGUGUGUUACCAGAGCUGUUGCCUACCGAGCCGAACAAGGAAGUCUCAACAAUGCUUUUGUGAAAAUUGUAGCAGUGUGGAUUUUUGCUUUUUUAAUCUAUGGUCCAGCAAUUUUAGUAUGGGAGUUAGUAAACGGAAAAGUAGAAUGGACCAAAAAAUGCAAUGCUGACUUCUUAGCAUGGUGGUUUCUGCUUAUUGCCUCUACCUUUGAAUUCUUUAUACCAUUCAUUAGUGUUACUUACUUUAAUAUGAGCAUCUGUCUGAAUAUCAAAAAGCGAAGUAGAAGCCGAUGGAAUAGUAUAUCUGAUGGGAUGAUUUCUCCAACGUUGUGUGAAGAAAGAAAAGGGUCGGCUAUUUUUUUCAGAAGAAAAAGUAAAGAUGAAGCUAAGAAGCCAGUGCAGCCAGUAUCAGUAUUUAUAGAAAAUGAAUUCUCUAGUGCAAGCCAGUCAUCCCCUUAUUCCACUAGAAGGAAUCGGCUUGGCAUAUUGCACUGCAUGGAAGUUAACCCUGUAGUCAACACAAAACGUUAUGAUACUAUAUCUAGAAACAGUUCCCAGCGGAUCCGACUAUUACGAGAUAAAAAAGUUGCUAAAUCUCUUGCAGUCAUUGUGUGCAUUUUUGGAUUAUGCUGGGCACCAUAUAGUUUAUAUAUGAUACUUGCUUGUGGCAUUGAUAGAUGCUGUACACACUUUAUCUGGUAUGAUGUCACGUUUUGGCUACAGUGGUUAAACUCUUCAGUUAACCCUUUCCUUUAUCCAUUAUGUCAUCUUAGCUUUCGAAAUGCCUUUCUGAAAAUACUGUGCCCUCAUCAAAGUCAUUUGAGAAGAGGAUCAACAUAAACUACUUAUGUCAUAACAGAAUAAAAGUGCAUUCUCUAUAUUUUAUGAUGCUUCACCUAUGGUAUCCUGCAUUAAUUUUUGAAGACCAAGAUGAUAAGGAGAUAUUGAUGUUGAAUUCAAUUUCCUGAACAUUCCAAGAUUUUUUUCUAAUAAAUUUGAAUAUAUUUUAUUGAAGAAACCAGAAUAUCUGAAUGUACAUUUGGAAGGUUUUCAGUCUACGUACUACUGUUGUACUUGCAUAAAUGUCAGUUUACUUUAAAAUGACUGUACUCCUAAUGGUAUAGGUAAUAUGGUUUUGUUUAUCUUUUAUGCUUGGAAGAAGAAUAUUUCAGAAGCUAUAGGGAGUUUUAUCCAUGGGAUGAUUUAUAAUCAGGAACUGUCUUAUGAAAACUGGUCUAAUAUAUUUAAAAGCUAAAAAAACAGGAAAAUUACUUUUUCCAUUGAUUUCACCUGUUUUUAUUUUAUAUUUCCUCAUUUAUAGUUAAAAUGACAUUUUUAAAGCCUACAAUUUAGAUUUUUGGAGUUGGAAAAUAUUGUGUCUAUUUCUGUAUGAAUAAGGAGGUGUUUAAUGUUCAACUGCUGAAGUCAAAGGAGAUCACACUCCUGAAAUUAUCACUAGGCCCUUUGAUUAAGGUUAUCAAAGCACACACAGAAAACUCUGUUACUGAAUACAGAUCAGGGAAAGUGAAAGAUACUUGAGUUGUACAUAAAAUGCCUGGCUUCACAUUUUUAGUAACCUGCAUUGAUAAAUUGGUGUUAAUUCCUGAUUUCUGAUGCUGUCUUGUUUUCUAUGAAGACAUCUGUUUAUGACUCAGAAAUGUUGCCACUUUUCAAUAAAGUCUGUGUUGUCAAGUAUCA